AGAUUGCAUUAUAUGAAGUGAGACAAAGGUAGAUUUGGCCACCAGGCUCCCGUUACGCAGCACCGUCGCCUUGACGUUUUACAGAGGUCACAGGGUAUUAACAUUGGUUACGCCGAAGGUGGGAUACGUGCGGGGCGUAUCUGCUGUGGGCUUUGUGAACGUUGCGACAUCGCAUUGAUUGCGAUUGUGCGUCGUCAGCUUAGCAUCCCCUUUCUGUCAGGAAUUCGGGGACUUGAAGACAUGAAGACCGAGAGAAAAGAUGGGCACCACAAGGGGGUGCAGCAGGCUCCACAAGGUAUGAUGACACCCAGUCAUGACCACAGACGUACUUCCGAACCAGCAUACUCAGCUGAGGUCCAGGCGCCGCUCAGCCCUCCGUCGGCGCUCAUCAGCGACGACGAGCUGGUGACCAUCAGCGUGCGGGACCUGAACCGCCAGCUCAAGAUGCGCGGCCUUAGUCGCGAGGAGAUGGUCAAGAUGAAGCAGCGCCGCCGCACGCUCAAGAACAGAGGCUACGCCGCCAGCUGCCGCGUCAAGCGGCUGGAGCAGAAGGACGAGCUGGAGACGGAGAAGUCGACCGAAGAGCACGAGCGGCUGCGCACCAUCGACGACAACCGGCGUAUGCGCGAGGAGAUCGAAGCCUACUACCAGAAGUACGAGGCCAUCCGCAAGUUUGCCCAGGAGAAGAACAUCCCGCUCCCUCCCGAUCUGGAGCACGACGUGCCGCGAAUUUAGCUGCAGCGUCUCGUGCGUUGUGUUGGUGUGAUGCGGCUGCUGGGCGGGUUUUCAGCUGCGCGUGUUGGGCUUCCGACCGGUGUGGUCAGGUGCGUGCCGACGAACAACCGCGUGGCGUGGGCCUGGACGGUUCUCAAGUGCGGUGCUCAAUGAGGUGCUACGGGUGCGUUGAGAUGUGUGGCACGAAUGGGAUGGGAGUGCAGCGACUUGAAUCGCGAACAGGCCCCGGUUGUCGUAUAUGGUUAUUUUACGCAAUUGGGAGUGCGAAAUCGUGUUAUGAGUGUGCACCAUCACGUGCGCCCCGUUCUUUGGUGUAAGGGGUGAGCAAGGCCGGCAUGGUACCCAUGGGGCGGGUACAUGUGGGCACCAGCUGUACGAGGCAGAGUGGAGUCAUGGCCGAUUCCAGGAUGGUGUCUGUACUAAGCACGUAUUUGAGAAGUGUUUGUUGGCGGGCGAAGCCUUACGCGACUUGGUAAACAUAACUGCACAGCUUGCUGAUGAUUUCGUUACUUUUACGUCGGGGAGUGAAUGUUUUUAUUACGCUGCUGCAAGCGUGCCGUGAAUAUGAUGCGGAGUGUCGUCCAAUAAAGAUAGUUUUACACAUAAU